UUAACAUCCAUACAACAAAGAAAAGAUCACAACACAGCCCCUCUCCACCAAAAGGAAAAGAUCAUAGAGCGAGAAUUAAUUUCCCACACCCUCUUCAAGACAACCUCAACUGUAAUAAUGGAAACACAUCAAAACCAAAACAACACAGAAAACGAUGUGGCAAAGCAAACUGAAGCAAAGCCUCCUUCACCAUCCUCUUCCCCUUCUCAUGAAUUCUCCUUCACAAUCUCCCUCCACUCUUCCAACACCACAAUCCAUGACAAAUCCAAAACCACACCUUCUCUUGCAGUUGAUUUAUCUCCCGCAGAUGACAUUUUCUUCCACGGUCACUUGCUUCCUCUCCACCUCUUAUCUCACUUCUCUUCAUCACCUCGCUUCUCCACCAACUCCAUGGACGGUUUCACUCUCCCCAUCAGAGACUUCUUAGAAGAUGAAAAACGCACCAGCAGCAACAGAAGCAACAUCACCAUAGAUAGCAUUAACAACAGCAACAGUAGCAUCAGCAAAGAAGAGUUGUACAACAAUAGAGCCACAAAGGAAGAGAGUAAGUCCAAGCCUAGUUUCUCAUUGUUUGGAUUAACAAAAGGGCGCAAGGGGUGUCAAGUUAGGGACAAAGAAGAUAAAGAGAGUAAGCACAAGAAGAAACUAGGGUAUGAUGUGAUGCAUGCACUGAAGAAGUACUUAAGAAUGGUGCAGCCACUAGUUCUUUUCAGAGGGAGAAGAGAAAAAGUUCGGUUCCAUGGACAAGCUUAUUCUCAUUCGGGGAAUUUGAUGAGGAAAAGUAAGCCUGAGUUGAGAGGAAGAAGAGGGGAAUAUUCAGCACCAGCAUCUAUGAGAACUUCUCCAACAAAUAGUGGCCUUUUGCUUGCAACCGCUGCAAUUCCUCCUGCUAAUGACAGCACCAUGGAAGAGUUGCAAGCAGCCAUUCAAGCUGCAAUUGCUCACUGCAAAAAUUCUAUUGCCAAAGAAGAGAAGCUCAAUUGCUGAUACGUACACACGUGGUAGAUAACUUUUUUUUUUUUUGUUACUAGUUGUGUUUAUUAUUGUCAUAGUUUUCGUAUUCUAUAUUUUAUUAAUGUUAAAUCUGCACCUCAAGUUUUACAGCAGCAGGUUAUUACGCUUGAUUACUGAUAUUUUAAUUGUCGGUUACUGACAUUAUUGUCAAAUAAUGGUUCUCCGACUCGCAAUUGUUUUUUAUCUAAUAAACAUUGAUCAUCAGUAAUUAACAUA